UAUCAAGAUAUAAUUCAUAUACCAUAAAAUCCCCCCUUUUUAAGCAUACAAUUGAGUGGCUUUUAGAAUAUUCAGCGUUGUACAACCAUCACUACUAAUGUCAGAACAUUUCACUACCCCUAAAAGAAACCCCAUACCACAGAUUCCGAUGCUGCCGGGAGCCCCGUCAUGCCAUGUCACAUAUAUUAUAGUAUAUAUAUGCCCAGCCAUGGUCAACCCCACCGUGUUCUUUGACAUCGCCAUCAACAGGGAGCCCUUGGGCCACGUCUCCUUCGAGCUGUUUGCAGACAAGUUUCCAAAGACAGUAGAAAACUUCCCUGCUCUGAGCACUGGAGAGAAAGGAUUCGGUUAUAAGGGUUUCGGCUUUCACAGAAUUAUUCCAGGGUUUAUGUGUCAGGGUGGUGACUUCACACACUGUAAUGGCACUGGUGGCAAGUCCAUCUACGGGGAGAAAUUUGAUGAUAAGAACUUCAUCCUGAAGCAGACAGGUCCUGGCAUCGUGUCCAUGGCACGUGCUGGACCCAACACAAAUGGUUCCCAGUUUUGCAACUGCACUGCCAAGACUGAGUGGUUGGAUGGCAAGCAUGUGGUCCUUGGCAAGGUGAAAGAAGGCAUGAAUAUUGCAGAGCCCAUGGAGCGCUUUGGGUCCAGGAAUGGCAAGACCGGCAAGAAGAUCACCAUUGCCGACUGUGGACAACUCUAGGUGUGCGCUCAUCCC